GAGACGAUGCACACCGAAACGACUGGUUUGAUAGAACAGUGAACAUUUUAAUUAAAGCAUUCAACACAUACUCAUCAUGUGUAAUAGUCGGUCGAAAAGUCAAACUUGGCUAGUCAGGGACAAGCAGGGUGUAAAUAAUGGAUCGAAACACAAUUUAAAAAAAAUAGAGCAAACAAAUCUAUUAGAAUGCAAUUUGCAAAAAUAUUGCCAAGUCAAGUCAAGAAGAAAACUAAAACGGAAAACAAAUGACGAAGCGACGAUAACGUCUGGAGUCUGUGCGUCAAAUUAUAGAUCAACCCGAGUCCAACUCUGCAGCUUAAACCAAAUAAUAGAAGUAUUAGUUACGUUGUUAUUAGCUAAUUGUGCUUUACAUGCAGUGGCGCAUAUUCAAAUUGCAACAGCGGCCUUUGGUGGCACAUACAAUAAUGACGCCGCACGUUAUUACAGUAGUCAAUAUCGCAGCAGUCGUUAUGCGCACAGUAAUGAUGAUAGAGGAGGCGGAAAUAAUAUACACACAGCGUUUGGUUAUAAUAGUUUAGAGCAGUUAACACAAGAUAGCAUAGACGAUGAUUAUCAACCAGCAAAUCAGUUACACCGUAGUCAAAACUUUAAAAUAAGUCCCAAACCGUGCUCAAUCGGACGAAUCGAGGGCACAUGUAUGUUUGUGUGGGAGUGCAUCAAAUCUGAAGGACGUCAUGUAGGCAUGUGUGUAGAUUCUUUUAUGUUCGGUUCAUGUUGUGCACACAAUUAUACGGACAAUAUUGUACUACCGCAAGUGUUUUCGUACACACGUCCCACAAAGCCGGUUGGCAUUAGCAGUCUUAAUCAUAAGCCAAGACCACCGCCUUUUCCGCAUAAACCAAGUAUUAGUGGCAUGACUACAAUUGAACGUCCACAUGGCGCUGGUACUUUGGUUAUACGUCCUUCUGGUCCACACCAUCAAGGCGCUUUACAUAAACCACAGUUUGCUAAACCGACACAAACCAGCACCACAACUACUACAAACUCUUUGUGGUCUUCGAAUGUAGGCGCUGAUAUGCAAUCAGCUGCCGCAAGCGUUUCAUCAUCAACAUCAUUAAAUACUUGGAAUACUUUACCACAACACUUAGGAACAUCAACAACAAUGCAACACCAUUGGCAUAUGACGACUGAACCCAAUUUUAUAACGAAACCACGACCCCCCAACUGGGAGAAACCAACACCGCUGCGACCAAAACCAUCAAAACCAACAAAGAAACCGAUUAUUGCGCCAGAACAGCCUAUGUUGCAACAAACACCUCCUUCGUCAAUUGUUUAUACUACACGACCACAGCACACACAACAAACACAGCCAACAUAUAUAACACAAACCCACAGUCGUCCUACAGUAAACAGUAGCAGCGAAAGUUUUUCCAGUAGCACUAGCAAUAGCAUUCAAACGAUUUCAUCCUCAAGUACAACAAAUGCCGCUAUAUCAUCAACAACACAAAAAUACCAACCAAUAACAACUCAAAUGUCAACAGUAUCAGCAAAUACGCCUCAAAAAGCUACCCAAAGGCCAUCUUCAACAACUCAGCUAUAUACAACACCCACGCGUCGUCCAAUCUCAAGUACCUUUACUUCAACAACCAUGGGUGCUGGCACAUCAACCAUUGCAUCAUCGUCAUCAACAUCCUCACUUGCAUUGCCAUCUUCAUCUUCAUCUUCAUCAACAGCAACUGCAACAGCACUAGCAUCAUCAUCAUCGACAACAUCAAUAUCAUCUUCAUCGGCAACAGCAACAGCAACAUCAGCAACUACAAUAAAAAUGAAACCGACAGCAGAAUCAUUUGCUGCAACUAUAAGCCACACUUUGCCAGUUCAAAAUCUUACCGCAAUCGAAUCGAAUGAAAUUGCAGAUACAACUGCAGAAAGUACCGCUACCAUUAAAACCAUUUCAGCGGCGCGUAGCGAAUGUGGCAUACCAGUACUCGCUCGUCCGGAAACACGCAUCGUGGGCGGUAAAAGUGCAACAUUCGGCCGUUGGCCAUGGCAAGUUUCUGUACGUCGUACCUCCUUUUUCGGUUUCUCGAGCACGCAUCGCUGCGGGGGUGCGCUUAUCAAUGAAAAUUGGAUAGCAACAGCAGGUCAUUGUGUAGAUGAUCUACUGAUAUCACAAAUACGUAUACGUGUCGGUGAGUAUGAUUUUUCGCAUGUGCAGGAACAGUUGCCUUACAUUGAACGUGGCGUAUCCAAGAAAGUUGUACAUCCGAAAUACAAUUUCUUUACUUACGAGUACGAUUUAGCUUUGGUUAAAUUAGAGCAGCCACUGGAAUUUGCACCACAUGUUAGUCCUAUUUGUUUACCACAAACGGAUAGCUUAUUGAUUGGCAUGAAUGCAACGGUAACAGGUUGGGGACGACUAAGUGAAGGUGGUACAUUACCAUCUGUGCUUCAAGAGGUUUCUGUGCCAAUUGUUAGUAAUGAUAAUUGCAAAACGAUGUUCCUGCGCGCUGGUCGUCAGGAAUUCAUACCAGAAAUAUUUCUUUGUGCUGGCUAUGAAACCGGUGGUCAAGACUCGUGCCAAGGUGACUCAGGUGGUCCACUACAGGUCAAAUCUCAAGAUGGUCGUUUCUUUUUGGCGGGUAUCAUAUCGUGGGGUAUUGGCUGUGCCGAAGCUAACUUGCCAGGCGUCUGUACGCGUAUAUCCAAAUUUGUACCUUGGAUAUUGGAGAAUGUAACAUGAUAACAUUAAGCAAACACAAAUAUAAAUAAUUUUCUUACUUAAAUUACUCGUAUUGACGAGCAAACCAGAAAGGGAAGGGUAAGACACACGUUAAAUGUGAGUCAAAUUUAAGAUUAAAAACAAACAUCGCUUACGAUGCGAAAUUAUUAUAUGAACGUUUCGGGAGGGUCGAAACUUACUAAAUUUAAAUUAACUUAAAUAAAUAAAAAAACUGAGUAUUUAUGAAGCUUGACAUAUAACACAAUUACUAAAUUACAAAUACUACUCAA